AUGGCGAGAAACGGCAGUAAAAAGCCGUCGUCGUCGUCGUCGUCGUUUCGUGCAGAUGCAGAGUCGCCCCCGGUCCAUGUCGACAGCACCGAGCAAACGCCACUGCUGCGCUCAGCCUCGCCCGACACCACGCUGCACCAACAACACCAGGCCAACGGCAACGCUGACCACCACAAUGACCAAGAUGAUGACGAACAAGAAGAGCACACCGUCAUCGCCGAGGAGAUAUCGACGCUGCGGCUGCUCCUCAUCAUGGGCUCCGCCUGGGUCGGCGUCUUCCUCGGCGCCGUCGACUCGACCAUCAUCGCCACCCUCUCCGGGCCCAUCUCGAGCGACUUCCACUCGCUGAGCCUCAUGUCCUGGCUGGCCUCGGCCUACUUCAUCGCCAACGCCGCCUGCCAGCCCAUCUCCGGCCGCCUGACGGACAUUUUCGGCCGCGGCCCGGGGCUCGUCUUCAGCAACGUCUUCUUCGCCGCCGGCAACCUCGUCUGCGGCCUCGCGCGCGACCAGACCACCAUGAUCGUCGGGCGCAUCGUCGCCGGCGUCGGCGGCGGCGGGCUCAUGAGCAUCUCGACCUUUCUCGCCUCGGACCUCGUGCCCCUGCGCAAGCGCGGCAUCAUCCAGGGCCUGGGCAACCUGGCCUACGGGUCCGGCGCCAUGCUCGGCGGCAUCUUUGGCGGCCUCAUCAACGACCACACCGCCAUGGGCUGGCGCCUGGCCUUUCUUGUCCAGGUCCCUCCCGUUGUCGUCUCGGGCUUCAUCGUCUACCUCAUGGUUGACGUGCCGCCCAAGCAGAGCGACAAGUCGCGGCUGUCGCGCAUCGACUUUGGCGGCGUGCUCCUCACCGUCUCCUUCCUCGUGCUCAUGCUGCUCGGGCUCAACGCGGGCGGCAACCUGGUGCCGUGGACGCAUCCCUUGCCGCUCGUCACCAUCCCGCUCUCGAUUGCCAUCUUUGGCGUCUUUCUCUGGUGGGAGAGCACGGCGCGACAGCCCGUCAUCCCCGUGCGCCUGCUCGCCGACCGCACCGUGCUGGCCGCGUGCGGCACCAACUUCCUCGUCACCAUGCUCGUCAUGACGGGGCUCUUUUACGGGCCGCUCUUCCUGCAGAUCCUCGGCAGCAGCGCCACCACGGCCGGCCUGCAGCUGCUGCCGUCGUCGGUCGGUGCCUCGGUCGGCUCCGUCACCUCCGGGCUCGUCAUGAAGCGCACCGGCCGCUACUGGGCCAUGGGCAUCGCCUGCACGCUGACCGUCACCGCCGGCGUCGUCCUCUUCGCGCUGCUCGACCAGACGACGCCCGUCUGGCUCGCCAGCGUCAGCUUCUUCCUCUCGGGCUGCGGCUACGGCGCCAUGCUGACCGUCACCCUGCUCGCCGCCAUUGCCGCCGUCGACCACGCCCACCAGGCCGUCGUCACCAGCGGCACAUACAUGGCCCGCAGCAUCGGCUCGACCCUCGGCGUCACCAUUGGCUCCGCCGUCUACCAAAACGUCCUGCAGGCCAAGCUGUGGGAGCGCUUCGGCGACUGGCCCGGCGCGGCGGACGAGAUUCGACGCAUUAGAGAGAGCCUGGACGAGCUGCGGCACCUGCCACCGGGCUGGCACGACGGCGUCAUCCAGUCCUUUGUCGAUGCCUUUCACAGCGUGGCGCUGACGAUGCUCGGCCUGGCCCUGGCGGCGACGUUGACGAUUUCGCUGAUGCGCGAGCACAAGCUGCACAAUAACCUGUCGAGGAGCUGA